UGCUUUAAUGUGCUACUUGCUAUCUUGUGACAAAUGAUGAUUAAUAGUCGUUGAAAGAGAGAGUUUGUGAUUUUCUUUAACGUUUCUUUGUUACUUCUACAAUGCAAAAAUUUCCAUAGACACUAUAUCAUCAUGCAAUAAUGGUGAUGGUAACUUCUUGAUUAUUAUGAACUUCGAUGAGGGUGGAGAAUGCUCAAUGCCUAGAUCCUGAGCUCAAUGCCUAGAUCCUUAUGCUCAUUUAGGUGGACUUCUUGUCAUGUAAUAGGACAAAUACUAGAUAAUGGAGUUUUGACCAUGCUAAUUAUUGAUUCUCAGGAAAGAACUUGGAAUUCUAAUUGUUAAAUUAACAGUAUCACCGAACAACUUCUCAGUGGGGAAAAUGCUGAUUUGUUGGGGUGAUUCUUUAAAUGGCUUGAUUCUCCACCCAAAAAAGAGACUACAUAGUUGUUCCAAAAUGGUUGUCUCUGAAAGUAUGCUCAGGAAUCCCAGGCCUUAACUGUACUAGGACACAGAAGGAAGAAUUUUUGUGUGAUUUCUGAGUUUGAAAAUGAUUACGGAUCUGCUUUCUUGUCUGGUCAGCUUAUCGUGGAAGAAAAAGGCAUCUGGCUUGGUUACUUUGGUAGGAAAAUUUUCUAUACAAUCAGAAUGAUUUGACUCUGAUUUAUGAUUAUAGUUGGCACUACAACGUUCUUUUGCCUAAUCCCAGUAAAUGAUGCUUGUUUGUCUGAUGUUGACCUAAUAGAUGAGAUAUUGGCCAAUGGUAGUUUAAUUUCUUUAGUUGUUGUUGUUGAUUUUAUUUAAAGUUUUUAUUCAAUACUUCAAUUUGUGUACUAAAAUAUGAAUUCCAAAUUAUUCUCCAUGAGUUCAAGUGCACUUUGUCCUAUGAUGCAUGUUCGAAUAGCUGAAUAAUUUGUACUCUCCUGUAUCUGCUUCUUGCUUUUUGGGUACAUCUUUAAGUGUUUCUCUCUCUAGAUGGAACCUGGAAGAGAUUCUUACUUUUUCUUAUUGUUCAUCUUCUAAAGAUAUUGCAGGUAAUUUAUCCUACAUAGUCUCGGGGAGAAAGUUAUACUUUGCCUCCCUUACUUGAGGAGGCUUUUUUUUAAUCCAAUGACUUCGAGAAAACACAUACCAUCAGCACAUGAAGGACGUUCUGUACCAGGUCCUGCUUUCAUUCAUCAUGGUGCAUUGCCUGCUGGCCAUCGUCCGAUGGAACCACUUCCUCCUCCUGAGCUUUUAGAUAGUAGAUUGGCUGUUCAGGCAGCGGAAAUUGAGCAGCUUGCUGUGGAUAAUCAUAGGUUGGCAGCCUCCCAUGGGGCUUUGAGGCAGGAUCUUGUUGCUGCUCAGCAAGAAAUGCAGAAGCUUGCAGAUCAUAUUAGAAGCAUGCAGACUGAGAGUGAUAUCCAGAUUCGUGUAUUAUUGGAAAAGAUAGCAAAAAUGGAAGUUGACAUCAGAGCUGGUGAGAGUGUAAAGAAGGACUUGCAGCAAGCACAUUCUGAGGCACGGAGCCUGGCAUUAGCUAGAAAAGAGCUGACUGCUCAAAUACAAAAGGCCAGUCAGGAGCUGGAGAAAGCCCGUGCUGAUGUCAAAAAAUUACCGGAAAUGAAUACUGAACUCGAUAGUUUAAGGAAAGAACAUCAAAGGUUACGAAUGACAUUUGAGUACGAAAAAGGUUUAAACAUAGCAAAAGUGGAAAAAAUGCGAAUCAUGGAGAAGGAAAUGGUGGGCAUGCAUGGAGAACUGGAAAGAUUGCGUGCCGAGGUGUUCAGUGUCGAGAAGAGAGCACAUGCUCCCUACACGUAUGGUGGACCCAACAUCAAUCCACAUACAUUCUACCCACCUGCUGUACAUGGUAGUGGUGGAUAUGUUGAUAAUUAUGGAAGACCUGCUGUUCCGAUGGGUGCUGGGCCUAUAUCCCCGGGAAUGAUCCCGUAUGGUGGUUCCAUCACUGCAGGUGCUCCUGAUGGAGUUGGAGCUGUAGCAGGAGCUGUUACUGGUGCUGCUGGGAAUCCUUCAUGGACGGGAACAUAUGAUGCCUCGCAUGCUCGGAGGUGAAUGUAUCAGCCAAAACUGGAUCCUGGGGUCCCUUCGUAUGCAACUUAGUAGAAUCUUGUGUUGAUGAUUUACCAAAUACUAGCUUGUAGGCUUGUACUCGUUAGCUCUGAGAAUUCCUUGUAAGUUAUCGUAACCUGUUUCAUGGCUUUAGCCAAAUUUUACUACAAGAAUUGUAGCAUGUUGUUAGCUUCUGUAUAAUAUAGCUUUCCUCUUUUAUUGUCC